AUGGCUUCAGGGAAUCUCACCUGGGUGACUGAGUUCAUUCUCAUGGGGGUCUCAGACCAGCCAGAGCUUCAGAUGCCCCUGUUCUUUGUUUUCCUGCUGAUCUAUGGGAUGACGGUGGCAGGGAACCUGAGCAUCAUCACCCUCACCAGCGUCGACUCCCAGCUUCAAACUCCCAUGUACUAUUUUCUCCGGCACCUGGCUAUCAUCAACCUUAGCAAUUCCACCGUCAUUGCCCCUAAAAUGCUGGUUAACUUCUGGCUUACCCAGAAAAGCAUAUCUUACUAUGGCUGUGCAGCCCAGCUGGGUGGAUUCUUAGUGUUCAUCGUGGCGGAGAUUUUCAUGCUGGCGGCCAUGGCCUACGACCGCCACGCGGCUAUCUGCAACCCUCUGCUCUACACGGCGGUGGUCUCCCCGCGGGUCUGCCGCCUGCUGGUGUCCCUCACGUACCUGCAGAGUCUGAUCACGGCCCUGACUGUCUCUUCCUGCGUGUUCUCCGUGUCAUUCUGCUCUUCCAACGUCAUCAACCAUUUUUACUGUGAUGACGUCCCUUUGUUAGCGUUGUCCUGUUCUGAUACCUUCGUUCCGGAAACGGCAGUGUUUACCUUCUCAGGGACCAAUUUGUUUUUCUCCAUGACUAUUGUGCUAACAUCCUACUGCAGAAUUGUUCUUGCCAUUUUGAGGAUACGUUCCUCAGAGGGACGGCGGAAAGCCUUUUCCACGUGCGCUUCUCACCUAAUGGCUGUCGUCGCGUUCUACGGCUCUCUCCUUUUCAUGUACUUGCAGCCAAGGACCAACCACGCCUUAGAUACUGACAAAAUGGCCUCGGUCUUCUACACCCUGCUGAUACCGAUGCUGAACCCUCUAAUUUAUAGCCUAAGGAACAAGGACGUGAAGAAUGCGUCGACGAGAUUUCUGAAUAACCCAUGCCAAUCGCUCAGACGAAUGUAA